CGCGUGCUACAUCCUUGGCUUCCAACAGCGCCCCCUCUAUCGAUCUGACUUUUGUCUGAGCUGAAACCCUCAAUAACAUUUUAAAGUUGUGGCAGUUUAUCUUAUCUCUGCUCAGUGUCCCUGUCGCCUGUGUUACCAUGUCACUCUCCGGGUCUGACAAAACAUGCAGCGCACAACUGGUAUCUAUUCAUAUAGAGUGUUAGGUGUAUAUAAAUGUGUUGUGGAUAGGGGAUUGCGUUGAUGGUGGUUAGCAUGGUAGUAUGAACAUGAUCAUGGAGUUCAACUUGGAGACCAUCCCAGAGAAUGAAGUUGAACUGGGAGAGGAAGAGGAGGAGGCGGAGGAAGAAAAAUAAGUGCCUCUCCACAUUCAAGCGUUACAGAGGUACAACUUUGACCAGAGGUCAUUCUGUGUACAUGAUUAUUAGCUGAGAUACUAUGUAAUUUAGAUCCUUCAACUCAUAUCAUUAUUUUAGAACCUGCCAUUAUUGCACUUUAGCGUACUGAGCUAUUUCCCUCAAAUCAAUGGGGUUUUAAUGGAGCCUAGUUGUCCUAGCAUCUCUCCCAUUGCCCUAGGCCUAGGGCACUGCAGUAGUUAUCUUUUCCUUUCACCUUGAUGGCCUUGUAUGACUCAAAUGUAAACAGACAUCAAUGCUCCCAGUGUGUUACCUAUCUCCUGACUGUAUGGGUGUUUCAACCCCCAUAGGUGAACUUUUCACAGGUGGCUGGUGGUACCCUAAUUGGGGAGGACAGGCUCAUUGUAAUUGCUGGAAUGGAAUGAAUGGUAUGAAACACAUCAAACAUGUGGUAUUAUGAGCCGUCCUCCCUCACCAGCCUCCUGUGGAGCCCGUAUUGGCUAGGUUGAAGACAAAAGAGGUAAGGACAAGUUGUAUUCAUGUGCGCAAGCUUUCGAAAUUAAACAGAUUCGUGUUUAUUCUAGUUGAUAACUAGCAUCGCUGGUCUGUUUGUUUAGAAUUCUUCCGCAUUUAUGCAAAGAGUUAUGGGAUAUUAGAAAUCCUCCUAACCUGGGUAUCUUCUUCCUAGCAUGUUAUUGGUUCGAUGUCACAACAUACAACUUUGGGGGUGUUUCAGCAACAGUGCAAAGUUCUACAUUACAGUUCUACAGUACACUAUGACAUCACCCAAAGAACUGUAGAAUGCACUGUUGCACUCUAAAUAUGAUGGAACUGUGCCUUCACUUUAGCCUUUGAAUCACAAUGUCAGUAUUCUCAUUGUAGCAACUUGUUUUUGAAGCCUCCAUGCAGGCUAAAAAGGCUUUAGGGAAUAAGGCUUUCCUCCAGCCAGUGAGCAAGGAUGAGAUUAUUGCUCCAAAGGCCCGUGAGAUCUAUCAGAAAGAAAAAGUCCUGGAUUCCAAAGAGAUCUGGAACAUUCUUAGGGAGGAGUCUGAGUCCAAACUGGCUCAGAUGGAGACGGCCAUUGACGGGCCGUCAGUGAUCAAGGCGUUUAAUGACAGACUGGAGUGUCAGAAGCUGCUGGAGGUUCAGGGGCAAGGGAAGUCUAGCCGCCAUAAGAAUCGAGUGGCGCUCAUGUUCAAGGCCUCGGAGGCCAACCUGGACAGGACAGCCCUGCUCAUAGCCAACAACCCCCUGCCUGACCUCCAUAACCUGAAGGAGGGUGACAGCCCCACCAAAUACCUGGCAGGCAACCCCCUUGCACCCGCCCCCGCCCCCACCAAGAGGCUUGAAGCAAUUCGGGGUCGUCAGAGUGGUUUGCUUCCUCUAAAACAUCCUCUUAAAUUGCCAUCUGGGAUGAGAAGAGCGGGCAGCAAGCGGAGCAGCGAGCUCAAUCAUGGGUGCGAACAAGUCUCUGUGUGCAGUUCUCUGAGGAUAGGUCAACGGAUUCAGACAGGGACAACGGGCAAGAAGGUGCUGCCCCUAGAUCUGACCCAGAGCACUGAGGUCAAAGAUCAGUGCACUGAACUGUGUGAGCCCCUCACUCUCUCGGCCCUGCUGGAGACUGCAGUCACAGUAACAGCACCAGGACAGGGGGCGUUCCGCUAUGGACAGACCGCCUACUGGAACGGGACCAGCAGCUGGGAACUGCCGCCAUGACUUCUGAAGCCUGGACCUUUCAAUGCAUGCAUGCAAUAGCUGUUUGCCCUCUAUAUUUGGAGCUGUUUGUCAACUAUGUGUUGAAAUUUACCAAUAAAUACUUUA